ACGCCUGCUUAAAAUAAAUUUUUGGGUGAGAUGGGUCUUGUAUUGCCUCCACUUACUGUUUGCAGACCUCAAUUUUUGGGUGAGAGGAACACACGGAGCUUGAGCGCUUGAGCUGCUUCAAGAAGAACAAGAAUCGAGCGAGAUGUGGAAACAGAGACCAUUGAGGCAAACACUCAAACACGUUACCUGCAUUGUAUAGGUUGGUUGAUCCAAAUUCAAAUGGAUGAGGAGGUGGUGUUGGAUUUGAACCAGAUCAGGGCGGUUCGCGUCCUGGGCCGUGGAGCCAUGGCCUCGGUCUUCCUCGUCAGCGCCGCACCCGGCAGUCGCCUCCCCACGCUCUUCGCCCUCAAGGUGUUCGACAAGCAGUCCGCCGCCAAACCCCACGCUCUCCGCCGCGCCCGCUGGGAGCUAUCCCUAUUGUCCCGCCUCUCAGCCGCUCCCGGUGAUCACCACCACCCGUUUCUCCCUUCCCUCCUUGGCUCCGUCGAGACGCCGGACCUCCUCGCUUGGGCGAUCCCCUUCUGCCCCGGCGGCGACCUCCACGCCCUCCGCCGCUCCCUUUCUCCUUCCAACGAGGAGGCGUUCUCCGCGGACGCGAUCCGCUUCUACCUCUCGGAAAUCGUCACCGCUCUCGCCCACCUCCACUCCAUGCGCGUCGCCUACCGCGACCUCAAGCCAGAGAACGUCCUCCUCCGUUCAUCCGGCCAUAUUAUGCUCGCCGAUUUCGAUCUCUCCCGCCACCUCCCUGCCAGAUCGACCACCCACUCCUCCCUUCCUCCUCCACUUCCCUCCGACAACCACAGCCACGCCCCCCGGAGGAAACUCACACGCGUGUUCUCCUUCGGCGCCGCGGACGACCAGAUCAAGAAAGGGAGGUCGGCGAGAGUCUCCCCGGCGAGUCGCCGUAGGACGAGUUCCUCGUCCAUCUCGAAAUCCAGAGAAGGAUCCGGUGGUGACGACGAGCGGUCGUUCUCGUUCGUGGGGACGGAGGAGUACGUGGCGCCGGAAGUGGUGCGCGGCGAAGGGCACGGCUUCGCGGUGGACUGGUGGGCGCUUGGGAUCCUGGCGUACGAAAUGGCAUACGGACAGACGCCCUUCCGGGGGCGGAACAGGAAGGAGACGUUGCGCAACAUUCUUACGCUGCCGCCAAUGUUCCCAGGCCGGCGGCGCACCGAUCUCACUGACAUUAUCGAGCGGCUCGUGGUCAAGGACCCGGAGAGGAGAUUAGGGUUUAGUGGGGGUGCGGAGGAGGUGAAGGCGCACCCUUUCUUCGAUGGGGUGAAAUGGGAGCUUUUGCCAGAGGUGGCGCGGCCUCCGUUCCUGGCGCCGGUAAUUUUACCUUUCUUUCUUCCGUUCCUCCUACUCUCGAAUCUGCUCUGCGAGGAAGGAACUAAGAUCGAAGGGUUCAGAGGAGUUGAGGAGCGUUUUGCACCAACAAUAAUAUUUGAAAGACAUAACCUCAUCUCCCUCUUCCCCUUUCGCCGCCUCGCCCUCGGAGAUCUCGCCGUCGCCGUCCCCUUCGUCUGCAAGUCCUGGUACCGCGCCUCCCUCGACCCUAGCUGCUGGCGCCGCCUCAACUUCCGCUCCCUCGAUUUCACGCCCUGGAGCCCUUUCUCCCGCGCCUUUGCGCUCCGCUACUGCCUCCACUCCCCCCUCUCCUUCUCCGCCUUCCUCCGUUUCGCCCUCCACUGCUCCCGCGGCGUCGUCGACCAACUCGCCUUCCCCCUUUCCUCUGCCGUCUCCAUCCACGACCUCGCCUAUGCCUCUGUCAAAUGCCUGAGAUUGAAGGCGCUGGCUUUGCUAGACAACCUGAUGCUGGAGGACGACCUUCGAAUCCCGGAGCUGGUGCGGCGGUGGAAGGAUCUGGAGCAUCUGGAGAUGGAGAUAGUUGGCAUCUUCGCCCCGCCCAUCCUCUCUUCCUCGCGCUCCUGCAAUCUGUCCUUUGCUAUCCCCAUCUCCCUCCCCAAACCUUUGUCUUUCGCCACCUCUUCCCUCCCGCGCCUUCACUCACCUCCCUCGCGAAACCCGGGGCCUUUCCGUGCCCAAGUUAGUGUCUCCGCUGCUCAGAAGACGAAAGAUAGGUUGCCAGCCAACCUCAUUGUGACGGAGACCAAAGGGCCUCACUCCACUGUCUGUACCUUUCCUUUUUCUACCUUCUAA